CUGGAGGAGCGGAUCCAGGAGGAGUGCCGGUUCCUCACGGAUGUGUUCAGGGAUGAGCAGGGAAAUCCUUUCAACCCUCACCUUAAAAUCAACAAUGCUGUUUCAAACAUCAUCUGCUCCGUCACCUUUGGCAAUCGGUUUGAAUAUCAUGAUGAGGACUUCCAAAACUUGCUGCGGAUGAUGGAUGAGACUGUUACCCUCCAAGGGAAGAUAAUGAGCCAGCUGUACGUCUUUUUUCCGUCCGUAAUAAAAUACUUCCCUGGAUCCCACCAAACCAUUUUGAAAAAUGGGAGGCUCAUGAAAAGGUUUGUGUGCGAGAAGAUCAACAAACAUAAGGAAGACCUGAACCCCUCAGAGAGCCGAGACUUCAUCGACAGCUACCUGCAGGAGAUGGCCAAGCCCAAUGGCAGUGAUUUCUGCGAGGAUAACCUGGUUGCAUGCACUCUCGACCUGUUUUUUGCUGGGACUGAGACCACCUCCACAACCAUCCGCUGGGCCCUGCUGUUUAUGGCCAUAUACCCAGAGAUUCAAGCCCGUGUGCAAGCUGAGAUUGAUGCUGUUAUUGGGCAGUGCCGACAGCCAGCCCUGGAGGACAGGAACAGCAUGCCCUACACCAAUGCUGUCAUCCAUGAAGUGCAGAGGAAAGGCAACAUCAUCCCUUUCAACGUGCCUAGAGAGGCGGUGAAAGACACAAUCCUGGCUGGUUUCCGGGUGCCCAAGGGCUCUGUUUUGAUCCCAAACCUAUCCUCUGUGAUGUAUGACAAAAAGGAAUGGGAAACGCCUCACAGUUUUAACCCCGGGCAUUUCCUGAAGGACGGUCAGUUCUGGAAAAGGGAGGCUUUUAUGCCAUUUUCUAUAGGGAAGCGCGCCUGCCUGGGUGAGCUGCUGGCCCGCGCCGAGCUCUUCCUCUUCUUCACGGCUCUGCUCCAGAAAUUCACCUUCCAGGCUCCCCCAGACACCAUCCUCGACCUCAAAUUCACACAGGGAAUGACCUUGGCCCCAUGGCCCUACAAGAUCUGUGCAGUGCCUCGAUAGGAAGCAGAGCUACUAUUCUCAGAGGGAGAACUCUCAGCUUUGGCACAAGUACACAGACUGAGCUUCUGUGCACCUCUCACCUCUAUCUACUUGAAUUUCCCUGCUUCUUUAUUGCUUACUUAUUUACCCAUACUGCUUUGUGGGUUACAAUAAAGGUUGCAGUCUUCCUUUU